CAGAUUGAUCAAGAUCAACUGGACAAUGAUGAAAGAACUGGAUCGGACUCCAGUGUGUAGUUUGACAACAAUACGACAUCAAGACCUUUAUCAGAGCAUCAGAGGAGAUAAACAUGUUACUUCUGUUACCAAUUUUUACUCCAGUGAUUUCUGUGAUCAAGCAUUAUUUAGUUUCCUAAAGUCCUACGCACAAGCUUGGCUAUUAUUUUCUGCUGUUCCGUGUUCGUCAAGUGCCACUGCCUUCUAACACUGUGCAUCUAUAUUUAGCUUAGUUGAUGUGCAGUUUCGCUCUUUUAUCGCUAUUACUUCUCCGUUGUACAUUGAUACUGUUUAUAAUAUAGUGAGUGAUGUGUCUACUUCAUUCCUCUUGUCGGAAGUGAAAGUUCAGGCAGGGGUCACUGUGGCGAGUGCGAGUGCCCUCGGUUGCUUAAAAGACAGCUUCCCAAGCAAUAAUACCGCAAGCCAACAACUUACCGUACCCCACAUAGUAUUCUAAAAGUUUUAUGGUUGUUAGGUCUGUGUUGUAACUGAUGGGUGUAAGGUAUUGACAACUCAUGACAAUAAUGUCUAACAGACGUUCAACAUGUGAACACGCACCUGUUAUCUCAUGUACAGACAAGCUGGUACUAUUGUCGUAUUGUGAUUUAUGAAUAUGUUCACAGAGUGAUUAUUCUCGUUUGCAAAGCUGUUACAAUGUAAUGGGGCCAACAGUCAGUACCAUUUGGCAAGUUCUCAGAGUUUAUCAUCUUUUUUGGGCAUUAGCGAUUCUUUCUUUAAAAUGUUGAAAACUUAUUGGGUAUGUCCGUUGGUUAAUUCUUCAGGAAUUAUGUACUCACAGUUACGCUCCUAUGAAUUUAAUGUACUAGAAACAAGGAAAUUUAAUUAUAGAUAGUCCCUUUAUAUAAAGCCUUGUAUUAGAAUAUAUGUAAUCAAUCAAAUGCGAACCCCUGACACAAUUUUGUGGCUUGGUUUUAACUAUAACUUAUUUUGAUACAUAGUAUUAGGCUUAUAAUCUUAUGAUAUUUUAAAAAUCACUUCAUCAUUGUUUCAUUAAUGAAGUCUAUUUGGACUUGGUAUUUUAGGGUUACAUACAUGCUUUUAAUCUAGCUAUUCUAUAAUUUAAUUCCAAAGUUAACAUUGAAUUUUAACCUCCUUACAUGAGAUAUCUGGAACAUUUUUAAAUUAUAUAUUGUGUACUAGCCUGUUAAUGGGUACAGUAAAGAACUGAAGUGGGGAAGUAGAUUAUGUUUGGAUAUAAACAAAAAAACAAAAGUAAAGAAAAAAAAUUGUAUUAUAUACAUUUGAAAGUGACACUAAAACACUAUUUUUCAGCAUAGUCACCAUACAAAUUUGAGUAACUUAUUAUAGUAGUGAACUAGUUUUGAAAUUCCAGCAUUAUAAAAUUCUGCUACCUGAGACUUCAGGUGAGGUUUUCGGUACUCAUUUUGCACAAAAUCUAUGGUAACCUAACUUCUGCAUAACAAUUUCGUUUUAAGAAACUCCUUUGAAUUUUAGAAAAACUAAGUGAGAGUUCUGUCAUUGUGAAUCGGCGGUCCUCUUUAAUCUUCUAUCGACUUUAGAGAACAAUUUCAUCGGUCACAAUUGCUUGCCCGUCCACUUUCUUCUUCAUCAUGCAACAUUAGUUUGGCGAUUUGUAACCUAAUAAAACACUGACACAGUUCACCUUCAAAAAUUACAUUGUUCCUAUAAACUUCACAGUGUUGGCAGUUAAUUUCCAAAAUACUUGCAAAUUACAUUGAUUCAUAGUUAUAUUAUUAUAAAUGUUAUUUAGAACAGAAUUGAGAUGUUCUAACAUUAUAUUAAGUGUCAGCUGUACAGAAACGACUUUCAAUUUUACCCUUUAAGAACAAUGUUAAACUUCAAACACUUCUACACCCUUAUUUUUGGUUGUAGAAUUAAUGAAGGUGUCUCAUUUUAAAGGUAUUACAAAUGUUCAACCAAAGGUUUUUUUUAGUUUUUCCUGUUUAAAUGUAUAUUUUGGAGUAUUUAUUCACUGAAAUACAACAAAGUUUGACAUUUCUUUCUAAAUAACCAAUAAAAAUAUCAAUAAAACUAAAAAGCAUUUUGAUGCGUAUACGUUGUAACUUUGGCAUCUUAUUUUACAAUCAAAAAUAAGGUCAUACAAAUUUUUAAAGAUUAACAUUGUUCCUUAAGGUGCUAAAAUGGAGAUGGGUCUUAAUACUUGUAUAAAUUUUUCCCUAGUAAUAAACAUGUGUACCAAUACAUCAUCAUGUUUUGUGCUAUUCUCCAAAUCAGCAUUUUCUAAUUAGCCUUAGACUACAGUCUACUUGGAUGGAAUGAAAAUAAGUGCUUAUCAGUGCUUUAACUCAGAAAUAAAUAAUGGUUCAUUAUGUAUAACUAAUACAUAAAAACGACAAAUUCAGAUAAAUGUUUAUAUUGCUGGAGAUUUCAAAUAAUUCUUGUAUUUUUUGGCAUGGCUUUAUAGAUUUUUAAGUUUUAAUCACUUGUGCUGACAAGGAUUGAGAUUUAUAAAUUGUAAUAAAUAAAUAAAUAAAAACUAAUUUUACAAGGAUGGUAACAACAUUAAAUGAAUUUUAUUAAAUUGACGAUUCUGAAGUUUUAUAAUAAAAAUAGGGUUUUUAAUUUUAAGACAGUCAUUUGAAAUGUUUAUAAAAGAAUUUGAAAGAGACCCUGAAUAACAUUUGCAUCAUUUCUUUGCCAAUUAGUAUUUUAGAAAAUUAGUGACAUGAUUAAGUUGUAAAACACUACACCUAAAAGGCUAUAUAGAUUAUAUUCUCAUGGGCUGGAAAGUAUAUUAGGGGAGUGUGUUGCACUCCCAAAUAUUCAAGUUAGUCUGUAUGUUGAAACUCAUAAUGUAUGUAUAUUUAAUUUAAAGAUUUAAAAGCUAUAUUAAAAAUAAUAUGUAAGAUUUUCUAACUCUAAAGAGGUCAACACACCAGGAGAUAACAUCACUCAUACGGACCAUAUUGUGCUGAGGUCUGGAGGGAUUACUUCAGCUGGUUCUGAGGGCUAAUGCUAAGACUGUACCAGGUAACUUGAUUGUUACCGUUUGAAUAAUUUGCUACCUGACCUCUCACGUCAUAGAUGGAAGUCCGAGCACUCACUUUUGCUGUCCCUCAAUUUAUAACAUUGUGUAACAAAUCAAAAGUAAUACUCAUUCAUAUGUAGUUAUGUUUUGUAACAAAACAAUCAAAUUUCAUAAGCAAUAUAAAAGCUUUCUUGAAAUAAACCAAACUUUUCCUAAGUUUGGUGACGAAUGAAAAAAUUUUGAUUUAGUAUAUUAAUCUUCAAGCUAUUGGGAUUGUUACUCCAGAUCAUAAAAAAUUUUA